AUGGCGACACAGUCAUCUGACGAGGACAGCGAAGACUCGCUUCCCAGGUAUGGAUGGAGAGUACAUCUGGAUAACACAUUUUCACUUAAGCCUCAGCCAUGUUAUCUUCCUCGGUGGAGCCAAAUACCACGGCUACUUGGUCUGGGAUGGAGGUAUUAUGCCACGCCGAAAAGUGACUUUGUUUGUUUGUGUUUUCUUUCAAUUCGCCGGCCGGCGGAUUGCAUGCAUGCUGUUAACAUUUCCGCGGUUAUUUUCAGAUUUAUGAAAUACGCUACGAGAGAAAGGAAAAAUGGAAGAGUACCGUUUAUAGACCCAUUUUCCACAAAUCCUUGUCGGCAGGUUUAUGGUAUGUCUAACUUAGCUGAAGUGACAUAAUUUACCUAUGCUUAAAUAUUCUUGACACGUUGCGAUUAUAAGCUGAAGUUUCAUUCAAAAAGAAUUUUGGCCAUUGCGGUAUCUCUAUCGUUGAUGCAUGCAUUGUCGCAAGGAAAAUCGAUCUAAUAUUUAAUUUAAAUUUCUGAAUUAUCUGCUUUUUACCAAAAUUAACGGCCAGAUUUUCGUGUGCUCUGACACACGAAGAAAACCUUUGAAAGAAAAAUUUAACUGGCCAGUCUCUUUUCGCAAAGACGAGUUUUGAAGAAUCGCGUUAAGGUCAUCUUUUAUCGCAGAAACUGUCAAACGAAGAAUGCAAAGUGAAGGAUAUCUCCUCAAAUUUUUUAUUCAUAAGAUUACAAUUAACGAAAUUAUGGUGAAAGAUUUCAAGUUAGAUAUAACAAUGGAAAGACUACGUUACACCGGAUGUUGACAUCAAAUAGAAACUCCGAUAUAAUUUUGAUCAUUUUCUAUACGGUAAGCUUACUGGUAAUUUUACAAUCUCCACAAACAGUUACCCGUGGAGAAUAACUCUGAAACAUGUUAAGCACUAAUAUAUUCUCCUUAGCAGGUGAGAUAAGUGUGAUGUUUACCGACAGGUGUAUAAUAAUCUUCCGUGUCCUUGCCAAUUUUCUGAAAAUUUUCUGUAGUGUUUGUCGUGCAGAAAAUAGUGGUUUUGAAUUACAAAUAAGGACUCAAGAAAAAAGACAACAAGAAGUUGGAAAUGUUUAAAAUAAGUUUUAAUUUCUAUUUCCACGCAUAUUCUUUGUUGAAGACAGACAGCUAAUAAUUGUUUUUGAGACCAAACAAAAAAGUCAGUUUAUUUAUCCCCCUUAGUUCUCAAAAUAGCCAUACACAGUAUAAAGCUCUCUAAAAAAAGAACACAAACAGAGCAGUUGUUCUUUGAUAGUGAAUGAACUGGAAGGUUGCUGAGGUUCAUCCGUUUUUUUUUUUGCCAAGCAUUGUAAUUUUCUUAGGAAACUUAAUUAAAUUAGAAUACUGAUUUCAAACCUCCUGUGGAAACAAAAUUGAUGGUUAAAACAUUUUGGAAUUGAGAAACUUUGAGUGUGAUAAUUGUAAUAGAGAACAAAGGUCGGAUUGGUGCAGACAGUCGAAUAACAAAGAAUGAAAAUACUUGACUGAAAAAUAAAUAUACUGAUUAUUUUGCUUUGAUUUUUAUGCCCUGGUGAUACUGUACUUUAAAAAAUGUUUUCAUGUCAAAAUGGUGAGAUAAUGGUAUUGAAGCUGCGUAUACCUUUCCAUAAAAUACCAUAAUAUUACUCUUUAAUUUGUCAACUGUAUUUCACCCAGGCCCAGGUAUGUUUUUUUUGUGAAUUGGCAUGGUGAAAUAUAAACUUUGUGUAUAAAAAGGCUCUUUCACUUGAAUACAGUUGGUUCAGUUAUGUUAGGAACCUUUAUGCUUAAUUUUGAAUUUAAGAGAUGGUAAGUUAGCUUGUGAACUAGCAUUUAAACUUUUGCAUUUGUGUGCAAAUGCGCAUAUUUUUUGUUGCACUGUGUGUCUUCUUUAGUUGCAUAACUUUUCAUGGGGUUUUUAAAAUGCAGACAUAGUGACAUUAAUGCAAAGUUAAUGCUUUGAAUGAGUAGCUUGUGCCAAGAUCAUCUUGAUACAAGUAUGGAGUUUUUGACAUAUAGCUGAUUCAACACAGGUUGCUUUGAGCAUUAGGAAUUUGGCAUUGGGUGCAAGCUAUUGUUUGGCAGUCACUCAAGUAAAUCAUUGCAUUGUUCCAUAUGCCCAAAUGCCCAAUACCCAAUUACCAAAGCAACCUUUUUUCAUUUAGCUGUAUAUUUCUUCAUACGGUAAAUACAUUGUAAAAUCAAUUCAUUUCAGGAGUUCCUCUUGGUGGGAUAGGAUGUGGCAGCAUUGGAAGAGGAUGGAAGGGGGAAUUUAACAGAUGGCAGAUCUCUCCAGGAAUGUACAAUUACACCUAUGUAGAGGCUAAUCAAGUUAGUGACAGUUAAAAUCUCAUGUCUCCCUGAGUUUCCCUCUAUUGGAGAUUUAAAGGAGAUUAAUGAAUAAUUAUUACCAUGUAAAAAGGUAUCUUAUAAUACAAUUCAUUGAUUGAAAGGUAUUGAUAGAUCUCCUAUGUUUUUCUUUUAGGAUAAUUAUAGUAUUAUUAGUGCGAGACUUGCCUCUAGAUGCUCUCUCCACUUAUAAGCACUGACCUGUAUUUUUGUUUAUGUUGGAUUAUUACAGUUUAUUGUUUGUGUGAGGAAAAAAGGACGAACAACGUACCAGGUAUGUUCAAAGCAAUCAAGCUGAUUUAACUUUUUGAAAAUAGUAAUGUAAGCAAUUCCAUUUUUGUCUUCCAGUCAUCAUUAUGAAGUAGUACAGUAAAUUGCGUGACAUAUUUUGUAGGCUGUGCUUUCUCCAAACCGUCCUAAUGGGGUUCUUUGUGGCCGCAGUUUACAGGGAUGGAACUGGGGUUUCAAUGGUUGCCAUGCUACCUAUCAUGCUCUAUAUCCUCGUGCAUGGACUAUUUACUACCUACCAGGACAAAAUAUUAAACUUGUUUGCCGUCAGAUUUCUCCCAUAUUUCCUAAUGAUUACAAGGUAAGGAAAUAAUGCAGCCUGCUGCUGGAAAUCAACAAAAAAUAGAAGUUUUUGGUGGGUAAAAUCAAAACAGUUUCAUAGUUUCUGACAGUCUUAACACAAUUUAAUUAAUGUACCUCCAAAUCCCUGUCUCUAAUACUACAGUGUACAUGCUCCAUGAUCAUUUUGUUUUGCUCCAGAAAUGCCUGUAGGCAUUUUAUAUCCAUAUACUAUCACUGUCAGCUUACAUCUUAGAAAUGCAUAUUUCAAGCCAAAAGAAAAAGUGGGAAACAAUUGACCUCAAGGGAGUACAGUCAACUGUAGGGACCUUCAGUUGGUGUCCACAUUGGCAAGAGUUGGUUAUAGCAGGAGUUUAUUUCAGGCAAAUGUCUGAAAUUUAUUUUUCUCUGGGAUGUCCAUAUUAUAAGGGUGUCCAUUCAGCGUGCAAAGAAAGUCAUGUCCAAUAGCUUGGGGCUAGUGGAUUUUGCUAUUGGGCUAGUGAUAUUUGCUCUUAACUUGCCCUAUGGGCAAGUGCUGUUUUUUUGGAAUUCAAAUUACAGAAGGAUUGUAAUCAAUCCUUCUAAUCAAAAAAGCUUUUGGGGCUAGUUGAAAUGACUUGUGCGCUUCAGUACAUGCUAGCUACAGCUUGCCCAAAUGGCAGGCUGUAAAAGUGACUUUCUUUGCAAUGCACCCUGCCACUAUAAUGAGGUGCCCGCAGGCGAGAGUUGGCUGUUUUGCCAUUUAGUUCAUGCAGUUCUGUUUCUUACAAUCAAGAUAUUUCAAUAUAAGCCAGAAGGAAGUCCCUUUAUAUUUUACCUAUCUAUCUUACAGAAGACUUACACUUGUAAAUAAUUAAUUUGUGUCUGUGUUUUUAUUUCUCAGGACACCAGCUUACCUGUCUGUGUAUUCAUUUGGGACAUUGAAAAUGAUAAUGACGAAGAAGUUGAAGUGUCAAUAAUGUUCACUUUUCAAAACAGUGAUGGAACUCCAAAUGAAGUAUCAGCUGGUCAUUUCAAUGAAUCAUUUACAUGCAAAGUUGGAGCUCACUCCGCCACUGAUAAUCACGUUCAUGAGAAAAGAAAUUCAAAAAAUAUUGGGAGCUCAAGUGAGGUUACAGGUGUUCUCCUGCACCAUAAACAUCCAAUGCAGCCAUACACAUUUGGGAUUGCAGCCAAGUCAAUACAUCAGGUACAAAAUUUUACUUGUAGCGCUCUUGAUGAAUUUGAUACGCACAGCAUUUCUUGAGUUUCUAUAAUGUAACUUUACAUUUUUAUGCAACUUAGUCAGGAAAGUGAUUCAGCCAACAGCUGAGAAGUAUAAUUUGGACAUUAGUGUACAUGUGCCUCCCUUAAUCAGAAAUCCAGACAGUCUUGCACUUGAAUUGUAAAUUUGAUGCAACAAUUAGUAUUUCAUUGUCACUGAACGACAAGAGUAAAAUGUUAGGGCUCACUGGGUGCUGUUAGCUAGAGCACAGCUCUGUUGAAGAAGUACAGGUAAGAACUGUCACUUUCAAAUGUGUACAUGUGUGUGAGUUUAGGUGUUUAUUCUAAGAGGCAAAAUUAAACGUUCUGGUGAUAUACUCAGUAGAAUGCCAUUUGAUGUAUAGCUAUCAGUAUUGCUGUGUUAAUGAAAGUAUGCAGAUGUAGGGUAGAAUAAGUAACUAAGUAAGUGAUAAGUAACUUAUGUCACAAAUACUGCCCAAAUUCUUUACUUACCAAAAGAGAUAUUGAUUAAUAUGGUUCUUUCAAUAAUCAGUUUACAAUUUAGGUGAGUUUGAUGACAUAAUUUAUGAAAUGGUUUUAAUUGAGCAUACUCCCCUCCCUCUCUUUAGGCUGGAAAAAAUGUGGUCACUGUGACAACCAAAACUGCUUUUGAUGCACAAACCCCAUGCAGGGGUGUGUGGGAAGAUUUAAUGGAUGAUGGAAAACUCAGCCCUAAAACAGGUGUUAAAUAAUAAUAGUCCUAGAAGUUGUUGAUGUAAUAAUGAAUUAAGGCUGUCUUUUUCAUCUGCAAAUGAGAAUUUUCCCACAUUAUUCAUCAUUAUCCUUAAGUGAAAAAUGGAAUAAAGUUGAACCGGGUUAAAUACUGAAACCACUGAACUACUUGCAAACUGAUUGCAAUAGUUGGCACAAAUCUAUCAAAAUCUACUAGGUUCAUAAAUCCUUCUUACUUAGAUAAUCAAAUAUAUGGAAAAAAUAGGGUGAAAGAGAAAACAAUGUACUUGUUAAUUAUUGUUGAAGUGUUUGACAUGCUCAGCUGUUGCUACAUCGUGCAGGGCCCAGUGAACCAUGCAAACAAGAACACAUCCUUUGUGCUGCUGUGGCAGCUACGACCAAGAUACAAGCAAAAGGAAAAGCAAAAUUAGAGUUUGCUCUGUGUUGGGAUAAUCCUGUUAUCCACUUUGGAUCUUCAAAAACCAAGCAUUAUAGGUAAUAAUAAAGGCAAUUUAAAUGUGUACUUGAUAUAGAAUUGAAUUGAAUUCAGAAAAAUGGCAAAACAUUUCUUAUUUUAAAACAAAGGUGUUUUCUUGAAGAACUUAGAUAGAGACAUCUCUAAUUUGUUUUGUUUAGGUUUGGCUUAGAGCAGGAGCUUAAGCAGUUUUAAAAUAUUUUUUAUUGUGUUUGACUCUUUGUGAUAUUUACUUUAAUUUAGGUUUUAUACGCGUUUCUUUGGUCGCCAUGGUAAUGCAGGGAAAGCCCUCUGCCGUCAUGCUUUGAUGCAUUAUCCUAAAUGGGAAUCAAAAAUUGACAUCUGGCAAAAGCCAAUUCUACAAGAUGAGUAAGUUCCCUGUCUGUUGUAAUGUUUUUUUUUUCUGGGCUUCAUGAAGACAAUGCAUGUUUUAGGUCAAUGCAUGAACUUCCAGUAUUUUGUAUGAAGAGGACGGAUUAUGUAAAUUUCACACAGGACACUGAAAACUCCUCUUUUUUGUGACUCCAGAAAAACUUGAGAUAUUGUACACUUCUAAUAAUUAAUCAUAGUAGGUUAUUGCAAGCAUUGGAGCCAUAGAGGUUACUGAAUUUUUAAAUCAAUAUUUCAGUUUAUGUUGAUAACCUUUUUGGAAGCAACCAAAUUUUUUGAGUCCUUGGUUCAUGUCACUGGAAAAUUCCUUGAAUUCAUUUUCUCUCACUGCUGUAGUGUGGACCCUGUGAGGGUGGUACAUACAUUUUCAGCUAUUUAAACAAUCCUGCACUGAAUGCGCACAAUAUCAUUAAAUUGUCCAUGUGUUUUCUUCUUUAGCUCACUGCCAUCAUGGUACAAGUCAGCAUUGUUUAAUGAACUUUACUUUGUUGCUGAUGGAGGAACAGUUUGGCUGGAUGUGGCAGAUAACUCUGAUGACCAAAAGACUUCGAUCCCUGAUUUUGUCAAGGAAUAUGGCCGAUUUGCAUAUUUAGAAGGUACUUGAUUGGCUGAAUACCUACAUGGUAGGGCAGUACAGCAGUUAAGUACUGAUGUACUUUUCUCCCGUUUUGCAAGACAAUGGAAGGCUUGAGCAAUUGAUGGAAUAAUACUUUAUUCUUUCACAGGACAUGAAUAUAGGAUGUACAACACCUAUGAUGUCCAUUUCUAUGCAUCUUUUGCACUCACCUUACUUUGGCCAAAGUUGCAGCUUAGUCUUCAAUAUGAUAUAGGUUGGUGCCCUUCAGAUAAAAGCAGUAUAUUUUAAUGAAAAAUAAACUUCUGAGACUAAGGUAUUGUAGCUUUUAGAGUGUCCAGAUUACACAUUUACAUCAUACUGUGUUGGAUGUUUCCCCCAAAAAUUGUUUCUCCUUUUUUGGUGUGUUACAUUCACCGAUUCUCAAGAAACUAUGGUUACACCAAUUGCCUUUUUCUAGCUAUGACUAGUAAUAGUUGACACUACAGCUGCCCCCACUCUGUAUGUUGUCGGUCAAUAGUAUUCUUGCUCGUUGUGUAGCUCUUUGAAAUAUACCGAUUCACAAUGAAGAUUUUCACACAUAUUCCAUACAAACAGGAAAUAAACGCAAAGUUCCAUGCACAGUUUCGGUUCGAUUUACACAGCUUUGAUCAAAACAUUCUCAGUUUCGAGAACAGUUUAUUCUAAACCAUAAGAAAAGAUUUAAUUAGAAGUUUAAUUUUUCGCUAUUUCUAUUUCACUUUUUACAUUUAGUUCAUUUUAUUUGCCGGAAAGUAAGCCUUAGAAAUUAAAACUAAUAAAAGGACGUUUGAUCAAUUCACGCUCGGGCAUUCUAGUCUUAUUUUAAACUUUAUAGCAGAAGGACAUCUGUGAGCAGGGAAUAAGUCAGCACAGAAUUUGAUGGUCAGCAAAUUUCUGUAAUCGUCCAUCGUUCUGCUGGUGAUAAGCUAGCCGUUGAAUUAUUCAUUAUUCUUGCUUGUUUGGGGCCGAGUCUUAUUCCGGUCAAAGAAAGAGAAAGAGUGUCUGGCAGGGUUUCCAAUCAAAGAUUUGUGAACUCGUGUCUGGCAAACUCACUUAGUAUUAAAAUAUACACUAUUAUACGCACCUUAUAACUUCAUCUACGCUUAACCAGUGUCGGAGCGAUUGCAGAAUACCCGGCCCACUUGUCAUGGCACUAAAUUCUUGCUCCCGCAGUGCCGUAGUCCACAAAUAUCUAAGUCUAAGAUGAACAACUAAGUCUAAGCUGUUAAAAGACUGCUCCCGCAGUGCCGCGGUGCCGUAGUCGAGGAACAACUAAGUCUAAGCUGUUAAAAGACUGCUCCCGCAGUGCCGCAGUGCCGUAGUCGAUGAACAACAAAGUCUAAGCUGUUAAAAGACUGCUCCCGCAGUGCCGCGGUGCCGUAGUCGAGGAACAACUAAGUCUAAGCUGUUAAAAGACUGCUCCCGCUAAAAAAAAACAAGUUUCGAAUUAUACAUCUUCUUAAUAAUUUUCUUUCGUUUUAAAACUUGGAUAUUUAUUACUUAACGAUUUAUAUAGAUCUGAAUACGCAGUUCAAUGAGUGCUAAGGCUCAAAAGACAGAUCUGAAUACGCAGUUCAAUGAAAUCUAUAGCUGAAUGUUCUCAUUGUUUUGCAAAUACUCCCGCAUUGCCGGGGUAAUGCCACUAUGAAUUGGCCUUGCAAGUGCAGUGCGGAAGUCGAAGUCGCUGAUUGUGGUGUUGUUUGGCCAAGGCUCUGGCGCAGACUUGAUAAAGACUUUACAUUUGCGACGUGCUCUUGGGACGUUGAAUUCUACUAUUCGCCCGAAGCCGUCUUCUUUUAAUGAUUCGGUUGCCCUAGUGUACUCGGCUUCUGCAAUGGCUUUUGCUGAUCUUUUACCUUUCUGGAAACUUCUAUAACUGACCACGGGUCCGGGUGCCAUGAGUACUUGGUCUUUAAUGGUUUGAAGCGAUGGCUGUUCCACGGUUUUGUCACAUGUGGCGUUUGUGAGUUCUUUUAAGAACUGAAAUUAAAGAAUAACCGUGUUCAGGGUUACAUAAGUACGCAUUUGUAAAAUGAAAAUUAGACGUUUCUUUGUAAGAUAAUUACUAAGUGAUCGAUGUAAAGUAAACGAUUUAAAUGUUUUUAAAUGGUACUUACCUGGCACAGAAUGUCCUUCUGGCUUUCUAGAUGUUGCACAAAUUGUGUCGCCUUUUCCAGGGUAGAUUUGGUUAUCUGUGUUGGUGGAGUGGUCGGUGGAACUCCGGCGAGUAGUUCAGUCAUCGUGUGAUUAAAUACGUGAAGUGCAGUUGCCACUCUAGGAACUAGCUCAGGCAGUUUGGACUUGGGUGGAACUUUUCCCUCUCUUAUGGCGUCGUUGACAUCGCUAACGAACUGAUCAAUGUUCUCUCUGAGUAGUUCUCGGGCGCUGGUGUCGAAGCUGUAAUGUAUUUGACCGUUGUCGUUGAUGUUUCUAAAGCACUCUUCGAAGUUCUCCACAACUUCAGUGGACAGGUACUCGGCCGCCGUCUCCAUUUCAGUCAGCGUGGGCCUGAACGCCAGGGGAAUAGGGAAUAAGAACCUGUCCACCAAACCAUGGCCAUGGUCCAUCUUUGCGAUUAGUUUUGCGGCGUUCAGUAGUUGGGUGGCUCCUAAGAUGCUGAACGGCGUGUCGGCUGGGAUGACUCUUGUUUCUUGCGUUGAGUAACUGUACGUACAUCGCUCGCCAGAAAACAGCUUGCAAAGGAGUUGAACGUCGCCGGUGCCGUUGUCCUCGUCCGACUUCAUCAACUUGUUAAGGGUGUCAAAGAUUUCUGGUGACAGCAUGAAGCCUUGAUUUUGACUUGACACUUGUUUCACAAGCCCGGAUGACGUGGCUUUACUGAUUAUGGUCGAAGUCAACUCCAACUGUUCGAGGGGGUCUUGCGCGGCGUGUUGAAUGGCGGACGAUUUUCCUGAAACAAGAAAUACGAAUUGUGUUAUUACAUUGUGAAUCGUGGAGAAUAAUAAUAAAAAACAAUCGUUUGGUUUGGUUUAUAAAAAUAAACUGAUUUGAAGUGUAGGUAGCGUAUAUUAACCUGUUCCUGGGUAUCCAACAAAGAUGGUGUAAAUAUUGAGGGGCUGAUGCUGCCUCAAAGUUUGCACGCGUGAUUGGUUUGUAGCCAGGAGGUAAGCAGUUGUAGUUAGCAGUGAAGGUAUAAAAUACCCUUCGCAACUUCCUACCGACACGGCCUUGUUUUUUACAAAGUUGUGAACGUCACUGUUAGCAAACAAAUUCUUGUACUCGAACUGAACUUCGUUGAGCCGUUUUUGGAGAUUGACCCAAGUUUGUUCGUUUUGUUUGUUUAGUUUGGAGAGCGUAUACAUCGUGAGUGAUCGAAGGCAACUGACGAAUGUGUCAAAUGUAGACGCAAACUGAAAUGAAUGUUAAGUUGUGUCAUUGAUAGAUGCCGACAGUACUAUAAUUGACCAAUAGUACGGCAAACGCCAGUCUUUGUAAUGUGUAAAUACCCUUAGGGAACUGUAUUAGAUGUUUGAUGUAUUGAAUAAUGUGUCAUUUGAAAAUGAAAAGUUAAAUGUGGGAAAAUUAAUUGUGUGCUCGUGGUUGUAUUUAAAAAGAACUUAAGGGAAUAAUUUCGGAAGUUAUUCGCGCGAGGAUGUAAUAAUAGUUAUAUAUGCAAAAGAAAGUUUAUGUUAUUUGUCGGUAUGUUUAAAAUGAACGAAGAGUAGCUUAACAUAUUGUGGACGCUUAGUUCUAUAAGUCAAGACAAACGUUAUAAUAAAGAAGGUAAUGUGUGAUGCGGCAAGCAAACUUUGGUAUUGUUAAGAGGUGAUUUUAAAUUACGGGUGUGAAAUUGUGUAUAAUUUGCAUGUUAAAAGAUUUGGCAGUGGUAAGAUUUGGGUGUUAAACGAGGUAAUUAGUAGCCGAUUAAGUAAGAGUAUUAGUCAUCCAGCUAGUUGUUGCACUAAAAUGAAUGAAAAGGGAACGCAAGUCGCAAUAGGUUCUAAAAAAAGUGGUUCAAAGCAGUUGUAGCACACAAACACCAGGCGAAGCCCCGAAAAAAGACCAAGCAACACAAAGUGGACUAGGAAAAGGAAGUUAUGCGCGUGAUGAAAGGAAAGCAGACAGAAAAUGGCGUUACGAUGUCCUGAUCGUUAAACUGCACGAUAAAGAUAGGCUGAUUGAUUGGUUGAUGGAGGAAGGAUUGCUAGCCAAGUCGCGAGUUUGCUCGGUAUGUGGUGAUGACCUUAAACUUGUUUAUUGUGAAGAUCAUUCCGAUGGUUUAAAAUGGGAGUGCAGACGACGCGUCGAUGGCAAAAGACACAAGGUGGAGAUGUCGAUAAGAGCAGGAAGCUGGUUUGCACAGAGCAAAAUGACACUUGAAGAGAUUUUGAAAUACAGUUACUGGUGGACCCAAGAAUUGGAUCAGGCCCAAAUAAGACACGAGCUUGGACUAGCAACACACACAGGAGUAGACUGGGACAGUUUUUGUCGUGAAGUAUGCGAAAUAUCGUUAAUGGAGGAUAGUGAGAGCAUCGGUGGUGAGGGCAAAGUAGUGCAGAUUGAUGAGAGCAAAUUUGGAAAGCGAAAGUAUCAUCGCGGGCAUCAUGUGGAAGGGCAAUGGGUCUUUGGCGGGAUCGAGAAUGACAGCAGGAAAUGCUUUCUCAUAGCUGUUGAAAAAAGAGACGAACAAACACUGUUGCCGAUUAUAAAGAAGUGGAUCAAACCAGGAACGACAAUAAUCUCGGACUGUUGGAAGGCGUACUGCAACCUAGAGAAACAUGGGUACACUCAUCGCACUGUGAAUCAUUCGAUUGAAUUUGUUAAUGAUGAGGGCGACAGCACAAACAAAAUGGAAGGGCACUGGCGACACGCUAAAGUUAAAAUGCCUCCAUUUGGUGUAAGGAAGCACCAUUUCUCUUCAUAUUUAGCCGAAUUCAUGUGGCGCUAUAGGAACAAAGACAAUGACUUAUUUGAGAUGUUUUUACGAGAUGUGAAGAAAAUUUAUCCAGUAAAUUAAGAUGUAAAAUUAUAGAACUGUUACCCGCGUCACAGGAUAAAAGAAGUGUUGGAAUUUUCACUAAAUUUGUUGGUUGUGAGUAUAAUUCAGUUGAGGUCUGAGGCAUUUGUCCAAUAUUACAGACUUGGCGAAAAGUUAUAGCUUAUUUCAUGUUUUAAAAUUUGUGGAUACAAUGCGGUGUCUAUAAUUUGUAUUCAAUAGGAUAGCUCAAUAAAACAAAUUGAAAAGGCGAUGUUUAGUCUUUGUCGUGUGGAAAGAUCACGAUCAUGUCCGUGACAGCGAGACUGGUCACGCAACACCCCUGAACAAUCCAAAUUACGGCUGCGUAGGAAAGUUCGGGCUAACCCGCAUGUUUCGGCGUAACAAAAACAAAUUGAAAGAGGUUCAUUCAUGUGUUUGCAGUUGCUUUCGGAGUUGAGUGCUUGUUUCGAGAGCGUGUAUUUGGGGUCAACUGGAUAAAAGAACGAGGUAUAAUUUAUGUGUGUAGAGUUUGUUUUGGCCCAAGCGAUUUAGUGUGUAGUAACUGCAGGAAAACCCGACUCGAGCGCGUGUAUUUGGGGUCAAUCAAAUAUACAAUCUGCCGCGUUCAAAAGUGUGUUUGCAUCAUGUUUCUAGAUAAAACGAAAGUAAUAUAUUUGUGCUUGAUAGAACAAAAUUAAUUUAUUUCUGUUCGACUUGUUGUUCAACGUUAAAAGCCAUCGAUGCGCUCGAUUAAGCAAAGGAAGCCGGAUAAGUUAAUUUUGAGGACAGCGGCACUGAGGCACUGCGGGAGCAAGUUUUUUGUGUUAAUAACACGGACUGCGGCACUGCGGCACUGCGGGAGCAAGUUUUUUAUGGUAGAUAUUUCGUGGGCCGGGUAUUCUGCAAUCUAGCCCCAGUGUCUUUUGGUCCAUAACUUUCAUAACAACUGCUCCACAGAAUGUCACUGAUAACACGUAACGCAAAAGAGUAUCGAAGUAUGACUGUACAAAAUCUACCAAUUGUAAGCGGUCCCUUCGGGAAUUUUUGUGUUUUACGUCAUCCUAACCCUGUCCUAACCAUUUGAUACUUGCGGGCGCAAACAAUAGAAACGUCAUCAUUACCUACCGAUUCCUCGCGGCCCCUGUUCAAGCAAAUCGAGAUUUUAAGUACUUUCAUUAAUAUACGCGCGAGUUACUAGAGUGCCUCCUCGGGAUUUCCCCUUCUGGGCUAAAUCCCUGCGGGGGUAAUUAAACAAUAUUUUAAAUCCAUCUUCAUUCACUCUUGUAGUAGCCUCCCACGCAAACGUUCUUAGGGGUUCGUCACGCGUUCUUACGUGGGAGAGGAAUGAUUGCGUGGCGAACCCGUAAGAACGUCUGCGUGGGAGGCUACUCUUGUAGUAGCAGUUUGAACUCCAGAAACCAUUUCUAUAGUUUUGAUUGGAUUCUUUUUUCCUCCAUCCUUCAGCGCAAAGUGUGAAUGAAGCAGAUAAUCAAGUCAUGCUGACCAUGAUGAAUGGAAGAAACUGUCAAAGGAAAGUAUCGGGCUGUGUACCCCAUGAUGUAGGCGAUCCAGGUCAGUUCCUUGACAGUUGUUUUCAAAAGUAGCCAUGCUCAAAAUUCCGCAAAAUUUCCACAUUUUAUUUUGUUGAAUGGUGAAAAACAAAUAUGACCAUGUAUUGCCAGAGAGGUUUUCCUUUUGGUCUGUGGAUUUUAUCACAGACUCAAAAGUUACAACUGCGUGCUAAAUAAAGAGUAUCGUGUGAAAGAACUGCUGAAGAGGUUUCAUUUGAAUGGUCACACCAUAGGAUUUUAUCCACAGACUCAAAAGUUAGAACUACAUACUAAAUAAAUUGCACCCUGUGAACGUACUGUUGAAGAGGUUUCAUUUUAAUGGUCAAACCACACGAUUUUAUCCACAGGCUCUUAUAAUGUCUGAGCCGAAAAUACAGUUUAUUAAAGCUGUGAAGGGAAAGUCAGUACAGUUAUUAACGUAUGUAAGUCGCGCGAUAUAAACCAAUAACGCACUCCAAUCAACCAAUGAUCUUCCAGAAUUUUGCCCAGGGCGCGAAAGUUAAAUAUGUUAAAUGUAUGUUAGUGAAUCGUUGAUUUUAAUGGUCCCAUAUUGUUGUCUCUAGCUGAAGAACCCUGGGAGAAGGUGAAUGCCUACACAAUUCAUGAUACAGCGCAAUGGAAAGAUCUCAACCUCAAGUUUGUUCUUCAGGUGUGGCAACUGAAUUAUAUGUCACUGAUUCAUUUACGAUCACUUUCAAGUUCGGAAUUUUUAGUGGAAACCAAGAUAGAAGAUAGUUUAAGAUUUAAAGUUGUUUGAGGGGUAAAUUAAUGGUAAAUUUGUACUGUUUCAGGUGUAUAGAGACUACGUUGCUACAAAGAACAUUCAGUUUUUGAAAGACAUGUGGCCAGUUACAAAGGUAACAAAACUGCAAUGUUGAACUUGAUCCAGUGUAAUGUCCUUCUAUUUUAUAACUGAUCUUUUCACUGAUUGUUUAUGGGCGUACGGAAUUGAUGAUUCUAUGAACAAUUGGUUGGACGUGUGUUUCUUAUAUAAACCUUGUAAAAGGUCUCGCUCAUGGCAGUGAUAUAAGAGCCGUUCUUAUGAACUUUUCUCUUGGAGGCACUAGUUCGACCAACAUAUUGUCAAAUGGCCAUCGUAAAGAGAUGUGCAUGAUAUUUAUAGGUGAAUUUUUAGGAACAGAGUUGCUCCUACAUCUUUAUAGAAGCUACGAUCAAUAAAGAGAAACAUUGUCCAGGUGAUAAUCUGUCUGUGUGAUGUUAAUCUUGGCAGUUUGUUUGACCUGUUUUAGAAAGUGAUGAAUAAGACCAUGAUGUAUGAUACUGAUGGAGAUGGCUUGAUAGAAAAUUCAGGAUUUGCGGAUCAAACAUACGACGCCUGGCCAGUUACAGGACCAAGGUACCGCUCUUUUCUUCAUUGUGUGGGAGGGGGAGGGGGAGGCGGACUUUCCUCCGUAAACUCAGUUCGUAUAGACUAUCCCUUAGUACUGAGUGACUGGGGAGUUUAAGCAACAACGAAAGCGACGGUCACGAAAACGACAGUUUUAAAGUGUGUUCGUGCGCCUUCAAACUGCAUCGCGCAUAUUCCAUCCUCCUCAAUUCGUCAAAUGUUGGUGAAUUUUUCUGGAGUUGAAUUCUCAUGGAUUGCAUCAAAAAAAAGAGGGUCGUUGUCUUGCGUUCAGGUCCUCCACAAAACGUGAAAUUAAACAGUUUCACGUCGUUGUCGUGCAUCGAAGGCAAAGAAAUGUACCAAAAAGCGUUAUGCACUUCUAUUAACAAAUGGAACCCCACCCUGUUACCCCACUCCUUUCGUAUAUCUUAUAUUGACAAAUGGUACCCCUUUAGAGCGCUAUAUCCCCUUUAAACUGCGGUAAAUGCAAUGAAUAAAUCACGUUUUCUUGACUUUUCCACCGCCAUGAAAUGCAUCUGUGAGCCCUUUUAGUGCCUUUUACAGACCGAAAUAACAAAAUUUAAUGUCCCUCCUAUGUCAUAUACUUUAACUAGUAAAAUCCCCACCCUACCUAUCAUAUACUCGAACCCUGAAAAAGGUCCCCCUUUGAAGCGAAGCCUCCCCGUUGUAUCCCCCGGGCAUUCUUGUUGCUUGAGGUCGCUUUUAUCUUCUAUUAAAUACAUGCAUAUAAUCGUAGAAUCCCUGGAGAUUACCUUGAGAUUACCUUGUUCACUAAUCUGUUUUCAAUCGUUUCUUGUUAUCAGUGCUUAUUGCGGAGGUCUAUGGUUGGCAUCUCUGCGAGUCAUGCAGGAAAUUGCCGUUGUGUUAGAAUUCCCAGAUGAGGCUAAGAGAUACGCCAAGAUCCUAAGCAACGGAAAAAAGGCUUAUCAUUCUCUACUAUGGAACGGUAAUUAGUUUACAUAUCCUAAUAACUAGCGACUGAUGUGAUUGUUCUAUUGGCAAAGGCACGCAUGUACAAGGCUGACAAUUUUCGAAUCAUAGAUCUAUUCGGCUAAUUCAGUGUUGUACCCAACUGAAAUCUCCCGGGGAUAAGAUUCUUUGUGUAUUGUAUUUGCAUUAUAAUGUGGCAUUCACAUUUAAAUGAUAUGGAAAUUCCUGAAACAAAAGGUUUUAUUCCCAAAGGGUUUGAAUUGGGUACAACAUUGAGUUAGCCGAAUAGGUCUAUUAUACGUUUCUGGGAAACUACCCACCUACCCCUCCCCUAAGCCAACAUUAACUUUUCCUUCUCACUUAGGGCAAAAUGUUGGCUUAAGGGAGGGGUAAGUGGGCAGUUUCCCCGAAACGUGAUUUUUCUAAUCCUAUCAAUAACUUCAGUAGUGCUCUGUAGUGAAAACGACACUUUUUUUUAUUUGUUUGUUCUAUGCCCAAAAUUGCGCAUGGAGGUUUUUACUCCCUAGAUACAUUUUGCCUAUAUUGGAAAUGAAUUUAUAAGUUUAUUCCAAAUAAUCGGUUUCAGUUAUGUGUAUUUGCGAUCCCUUUUACCACAAUAUUCCCAAGCAUUUCUUUCUCGUUUCAGGUACCUAUUACAACUAUGAUAGCAGCACAAGUAAAUACAGUAACAGUAUAAUGGCGGAUCAGAUGGCUGGUCAGUGGUAUCUCAAGGCAUGUGAUCUUGCACAGACUGCACCCUCUGACCAGGUAAUCACUGCUCCUUUUUUCGAACCUGCGAGCAAGCUCUUCAUUUGGAGGAUAUAUUGUGAGAAGUUACGCGCGAGAGACACGCGCGUUUUCGCGCGGCUCACCUCGCCGGCCCCUAUAGAAAUGGAGAGCCUACUGCUUUUUGUGAAUUUUUUUUCCUGGUCUACUGUGGCGUUUCUCGCCUGUAGUCCCUUAACGGUGUUUCCGUAAUCCUUAACGUUAAAUUGGUGUCUUGAUUUUAGACGAAUGUAUUCUAGGACCACGUGAGCCCGGAAGCAUUAGCCGGGCAAAAAUACGAGGCCUGGGAACCGGAAAGGGUGAAUCAUGCUCGCUCCCCAAAGAGUUUUCAUCAAAUUCGUUAAUAAUUAACAUCGCUCCCGUUAACAUUUGUUGAGAAGGAAGUUUAUUAUUGCUGGGGGAAGGGGGGAGGGUAGACAGGGAUGACAGCUGACUUGCACUGUUUAAAAUUCUCCUGUAAAAGUUUUCAUAUAAGAAUGAAAACGAGUUUCUAUUGCGCGUGUUUCUCUAAGUAAAAUGGUCGUAUGAUGUUAGCUUUAUUUUAAUUUCUGCCCUCAUGGUUCAUGUAGGUAUUCCCACGAGAGAAUGUGAUGAGUGCUCUGGUCACAGUGUUCAAGAAUAACGUGUUAAAGUUCCAAGAUGGCACCAUGGGUGCCGUGAAUGGCAUGAGGCCUAAUGGACAGGUAAGUCCUGUGUUGGUCAAUACUGUUACAGUACUGUGGAAAUCAUACAACCAUUGCUCUAUGAAUAUUCCUGAAAUGAUGCUUCUAAAGCGAAUGUUCGCUGUGCAUGGUACACUAAGAACCACGAUUAGUGGACUUCGUAUCCGCAGGGAACAAUAGAUGUUUGCCUUUUUUGUUAUCUGCGAAGACUGUUCGUCUUUAGUAAGGCAAGCCUUCCGCGCCGGAACCCUUUGAAAAUGCUCAACCAUCUAUUAAAAUGCUUUACUAAGCUGCAAUCCUCGUCACAAAUCGUUGAAACAGAAGCCAUUUGUCUUCAAUUUUCUCCAAAUUUCUUUCAUUCACUCUUCACGCCUUUGUUCUCACUCAAAUGUGCCCCUCUCCUUCCCCAAUGUUGAGCCACGCGUAUUUUGGAGUACUGAGAUGACUGCAAUACCUAAAUCAACAUUGGGCAAGGGGGAAAUCACACAAGUGUUUCAAGAUUUGUGACGAGUAUUGUGGCACGCCAACUUUGAAGCCACGAACAUCUCGGAAACCUCUAUUGUCAACUCUUCUAAGAGCUUCGUGGCCACCCGGCCUAAACGUUUAGGUGUCAUUCUUCAUAACAGGUCGACACCAGUAGUUUACAGGCGGAGGAGGUCUGGACUGGCGUUACAUACGCUGUAGCUGCGGCCAUGAUCCAAGAGGUAUCGUUUCCACAGUAAAACAAAAUUUUUUUUCCACCCAAUUUGUUUUUGUGUUUCCUUUAUCAUGAACGAGAACUCUGUUUAUACUAGUUUUCUAUGUUUUUGUAAGUUUUGCCGUAAUUUGCCAGCCGGAUUCAAUCUUUUUAUUGGUUUACCUCUGCGUUAGAGGAAUGAGGCUUUAAUUCCAUUUACUGCUUUUUUAACUUCUAGGGUCUGGUUGAAGAGGGCUUUAAAACAGCCAGUGGUAUUUACAACACUUGUUUUGAGCGACUGGGGAUGGGUUUCCAGACUCCCGAGGCCAUUGUUGCUAAUGGCAACUUCCGUUCCCUUGGUUACAUGAGACCGCUGAGCAUCUGGGCCAUGCAGUGGGCGCUGGAGAAAAGGAACAAGCCUCUUGUCACGCCUGCCGCUCAUGAUGAUGCCGCUGCUCCGAUCCGUGAUCACUCGCAAUGUAACGGUUUUUGUAAAGUCUCCAAUGAGAGUUAAAUUUACACAUUGUAUAUACAUGUAUAUAUUUAAUAGUACUUAAACAAAAUGAAAGGGAUAUUUAUCGUUCUGUAAAGAUUAUUACAUGGCAAUAAUAAUCCUCAAUGUAAAGUGCAAUUUCAGUGGUUUUGUUACAAAAAGUUAUAACGAGUCUUGGGACUCAUGUUGUGAAAAAUCAUGCGUCCUAGUUAAAAAAAACGAGUCCGAAUUGAAAAUGCCUGGGCCUUUAUGUAACCAGACAGUUAAUCUGAAGACAGACUCUAAAACUCUCUAUUGCUGUAUUAUAGUGUACUGGCAUUAAAAUAAAAUAUAGUCCUUCUAUUUUAAAGCACAACAAAAGCUAAAAGAAAUAUGUAUCGUUAAACAACAGUUAUAAUAACUGCCACACACAGAAAUUACACUAACAGGAUAUUUCUACAAAAACACAUGUUUAGAUGGAUCGAUC